AUGUCUUGGAACGGCGGCGACGCUGCCGAAGGUGGCGACUGGAAGGCCAGUGCUGGCGAUAAUGCCUUUUCCGAAGACUGGGGCGGCGGUGCUGCUACCAAUGGCACCACGAACGGCAACGCUUCCUUCGGCGACGGCAGCGGCGGCGGUAACGAAUUUGGCGCUGGCGGCGACUUCGGUUCUGGAGACGGCUUUGGUGGCGGUGGUGACGGUGAAGGUGGCGCUGCUCCCGGUGGUGCCUGUCGCAAUUGCGGUGAAGAGGGCCAUUUCGCUCGCGAGUGCCCCCAGCCAAAGAAGAUGACAGGCGAGUGUUUCAACUGCGGAGAGGUUGGCCAUAACAAAGCCGACUGCCCCAACCCCAAGGUUGAACGCCCCUUCGAUGGACAAUGCAAGAACUGUCUGAAGGAGGGCCACAGGACUUCUGACUGCACCGAGCCCCGCGAAAUGGGCUACCUCUACAAGACGGUUCCCGACAUGACCGGCGAGGAGGCUUGGGCCAUGGUGGUCGAGGCUGACAAGACCAGGGAUCUUGAUGACUUCAGGGAGGCCCUGAAGGCCUACCUGAAGGCCCUCAAGUCGAAGUCGAUCCCCAUCGACCUAUCUCAGAUUGAGAAGACCCUCCGCGAUGACAAGAUGAACGUCUUCCUCAUCGCCCUCGAGAAGGAUAUCUCGGACGUGAUGACAAUCGUGAGCCCCGAUGGCAAGCUGAACUGCGAUUACGUCUUGGGGUUCUACUUCUCCGACAAGCCAAGGCGCAAGAAUGCCGUCGAAGGAUGGCCUGCUGAUCCGGAGGACAACCUCAAGCGCUUGGAGAACGCGGGCUUUGUCGAGGACCGCCGAGUCCCGAAGUGCGAUAACUGCGGCGAGCUGGGCCACACUCGCAAAGGUUGCAAAGAAGAGCGUGAGGAGCCUGCGGGCCGUCCCGAAGUCAAGUGCAUGGUCUGCCAGGAGGUCGGCCACCGUGCCCGUGACUGCAAGCAGGAGCGUCCUGACCCGUACGCCUGUCGCAACUGCAAGAAACAUGGCCACAGCUCUCGCGACUGCCCGGAACCUCGUUCUGCCGAGGGAGUUGAAUGCCGCAGGUGCCAUGAGAUGGGUCACUUCUCCAACGAGUGCCCCAAUGCCCCUAAGAUGGAAUGCCGCAACUGCGGCGAGGAGGGCCACAAGGCCUCGGAGUGCGACAAGCCCCGCGUCAUCAAGUGCCGCAACUGUGGCGAAGAGGGCCACAUGUCCAAGGAGUGCGAUAAGCCGCGCGAUCCAUCCACGGUGACUUGCCGCAACUGUGACGAGGUCGGUCACUUCUCCAAGGAAUGCCCCAAGCCUAAGGACUGGUCGCGUGUCAAGUGCCCCAUCUGCGAGGAGAUGGGUCACGGCCCCAAGAAGUGCCCAAGGGCCAACGAGCCGGGCGGCGGUUUCGACAACGGCGGUGGAUCCGGCUUCGGCGGAGGAGGUGGCGGAUUCAAUACCAAUGGCUUCGACAGCGCUGCUGACAGUGGCGGUGGAGGAGGCUGGAACACGGGUGGCGAGGUCACGAAUGAUGGCGGCUGGUAA